AUGACGACUCUCGUAAACCCUACUACGCUUCCGGACGAGACCACCCGUUUACUCUCUCCUUCGACUUUUGAGACUUUGACGGAGAACACGAGAGGAGGAGGGAAAGGAGGGAAAGGAGGCACAGAAGGAGCGAACGAAAAAAACGAAAAAAAAAGCAACUCGUCGUUCGCCUUAAAAUUUUGGCCGCAGAAAAACACAAACACCACCGAGGGAAAACUACGAGAGGGAGAAGAAGAUCAUCAUCCAAAUCAUCGCGUAAAGAGGAGCGGCUUUGAAGACGCCUCUCAAAUAAUUCAUACUCCGAGAAGAAAAACGAUGGGAACAACAACAACGGUAAAAGACGACGGCGAAAUCGAGGAUGAUUUUGCGAAUUAUUCGCAGAUGAAACCACCACGUUUACGAGAAGAGGAUGUACCACCGGACAACAAAGAUGAUGAUGUCGUCGGAGGUGAUGAUGAUGAUGAAAACGAUGAUUUUGAGAACAGCGGUAAAGGAACGAGAGGAACGGUGCUUUUGAUCGAUAAAGAUGCAGACCGUGAAAACGACGAAAACGACGAGAACGAGGAUACUUUGAACAAUAAAAACGUCUCCACGGCGUACGCGCAAAAGAUCAUCGAUCGAGACACCAAAUGGCUGUACAUGAAAUGCGCGGUGUUAGCGACCCUCUGGUUCGUGUUAUCCGCGUCGCUGGCGCUGUAUAACAAAGCGAUUUUUAGCAAGAAAGGGUUUCCGGCGCCACUUUUGUACACGUCGUGUCAGUUUUUCAUGCAGUGGCUUUUAGCGACCUGGGCGUUGCAAUGGCCGCAAUUGUUUAACGAUCGGGAUAAACGGUUCGUCACGCGAGGGAGGCCGGUGGUGCCGACGGAUUCGUGGAUGCGAACGAUUUUGCCGGUUGGGUUUUUUAUGGGGUUAGAUAUCGGGUUGAGUAAUAUUAGUUUAGUGUACAUUACGGUGUCGUUUUAUACGUUGACGAAGACGACGAGUUUGAUAUUCACGUUGUUUGUGAGUUUUAUAACCGGGAUGGAGAAGUUUUCGUGGACGUUAACCGGGAUCGUGGUGACGGUGAUGUUGGGGGAAGCGGCGGCGGUGAUCGGGGAGACGCAGUUUAACGCGAUUGGUUUUUUUAUUUGUUUGAGCGCGGCGGCGGUGAGUGCGGUCCGGUGGGUGGUGGCACAGAAAGUCAUGCAUUCCUCGAGCUCGAACAAAUACGGUUUACAUCAUCCGGUUAUUUUGUUGUACCACGCGAUGCCGGUGAUGACGGUGGUGACGUUUUCGUUUAGUUGCGUUCACGAGCAGUGGUGGGAAGCCGAGAAGUGGGACGCGAAACAGUGGAGUUUUCACACCAGCAAAGAGUGGGCGGAGGCGUUCGCGACGGUUUUAUUCGGCGCGUGCAUGGCGUUCGGCAUGACGUUAUCGGAGUUUGAGUUGUUAAAAACCACCUCGGCGAUUACGGUCAUGAUCAUAGGCACGGCGAAAGAUUUAAUCACCAUCGGCGCCUCGGUCGUGAUCUACGGCGACGUCUUGGACGCGUACAACGUCUGCGGAUUAUUCCUUUGUCUCAUGGGUAUCAUCGGCUAUAACAACUUCAAGUUGCAAAAGAUGAAAAAAGAAGCGCUCACCGGGAAAACCGGCGAUAUCGACGACGGUUUACCUCUACCCGUGUUCGUUUCCAAAUCAUCCGCGUACAACAAAGAGGACGACGACGACGACGAGGACGACAUAUUCCGUCAAACCUUCGUGAGAUGA